GUAUAUAAGAAGUAUUUUAAAAAAUCAUUAGCAUUGUGUUUAAAGUGUAGAACGGUCACCGACGUAGAACCGAUAUUCAAAUUAGUCAUGGCCUCUCCAGCGGGAAGUUACACUCAUUUAUCUUCUGUGGAUAGACGAAUAGCUUCGUUUGUGGUUCUUGAUUUAGAAACGACUGGUUUACCACACUUGAUGUCUAAAACUGCAAUUACGGAACUAUGCAUGUAUGGGUUUUCAGCCAGUGAACUAGAAGCGGGACCGGCAAUAAUUAUGUGCAACAGCAGUGAAUCACCAGUGCCUAAUCGCCCGCGCAUACUGCACAAACUGACGAUGCUCUUCAAUCCCAGACGACUCAUUCAUCCAGAUUGUGAGGAAAUUACUGGGCUCAGUAAUUACACUCUAGAAGGAGAAAAUCAUUUCGACGAAAAUGCGGGUAAUACAAUCAUAAAUUUCCUGAAGCACAUGCAACAACCCGUAUGUUUGGUUGCACACAAUGGGGACUUUUUCGACUUUCCAAUAGUUAAACAAACAUUCGACAAGUUAAAACUGGAAAUGCCCUGUGGUACACUAUGUGUGGACUCUUUACGCGCAUUUUGGGGCAUAGAUGAACAACUUAAAUCGAUUGGUUCAGAUGCUGAAACAUCUACACGCAGAGUUUUAGAAACUGAUGCUGAACCUCAAAUACUACCAGUACCGGAUUCUCUUAGUACAGAGGAAACAAAAGAAUUGUUGGAUUCGAAACCAACAGCUAUAGCGCCGAUUUUGUAUUCUGCGAAUCCAGAAGAUACGACAUUAUUGCAUUCAAAGCCAACACUUGUAGAGCAACUCGAUAGUGAGGCAAAAGUUGAUUGGCGAGCACAUAAUGAAACGACGCCUAGACGGCCAACUGUAUCGGGUGUAAAACGACCGCACUCGGAUGAAUCAACACCGAGAAAGAAAUCGUUAAAUGACAACGUUGGCUUCAAAUCUAAACGGGCACUUUUUGCAAGAAAAAAAGAGGACAAAUAUCCACCAAAAUCAGUUUACAAAUUAGCGAAUAUCUAUGAACGCUAUUUUAAGGAGAAACCUAAGGAUGUGCAUUUUGCUGAGGGUGAUGUGGAGACACUAAUGCAUGUAAUGAAAAUAUAUGGUGUUAAUUUUCUAGCUUAUGCAGAGAAUCACGCCAUUCCCUUUGAAGAAAUUAAAAGGAAACGGUGAGAGAGUGCAGAUAACAUUUUUCAAAAAAAAAAUUAAAAAAAGCAAAAGAAAUCCGUAAUUAUGAUUCUACAUAUUAAAAUAUAUUUAGGAGACAGUUCGUACAUUAAAAUGUAAAAUAUUUCAUAUGUGUAAUUAUUCUAGACUUAAACGUAACUUGACAAACUAAAGAGUAACCUGUGUAACGAGAAACAAGUAUAAAUAAUUACUCCAGCCUUGAGGAACUUAGGAAGCUGUCGAUUUUUAAUUCUUAAGUUACUUAAAUGCAGAGCGGUGAUAGAAUGAUGCUACAAUGUGGUUAAUUUCAUUUAAUUCAAUAAGCAUUAAACAUGUGUGUGCACUUAAUUUUUCCCAAGAAUUUAUUUGAUGAGGAACCUUUAGAAAGUAUAUUUGCGGUAUGUUGUAAAGUUAUUAUGUCAAGGCCAUUUAUUAAUAAUACGUUUUCCAUAAAUGUGUAUCUUUUAAAAGUAUUGUUUAGCUGAGGGAGAGCAAGGGACCAGACAGUUGGUUCUGCGUUACCGGAACGACCCGAAUUUAUAUCCGGCCAAGGACUGUCUCUUCAGCAGCAUUCCUCAUAUAAGUAUGUAUGGGGAAUGUUCAUAUUGCUACAACAACACCAACAACCAGAUUUAGAGUUGGGAGCGAGUUUCGUGAGAUAGGGAUUACUUUUUAUUAGAAGUAUUUUUCGAACUCAAGGAAACUGAAAAGAAAAACUUUUGAACAAAUUGCGUGCUAUUAUUUAUUUGCAUGAGCCCUUACACGUAAGCUUAUUUGACAGCUUGAGUAAACAUAUUUAAGUUCUCGUGUAACAUCAGUUAAGUUUAUGUCUAAAGUAAUUACAUUAUUAGUAGACCAGUGACAAAACUUUCAAUGAUUUUUUAUAUACAUAAACUUUAUUAUAUAAUUUGAUUAAAUUUUUAUUAUAUUAAAUUUUUUUAACACUAAAAA